AAACUGUAUCAGGCUAUUUGUGCAGGCAAAUGUGCCUUCUUCACAACACCGUAUGCUGGCGAGUCGCCAAGUUGCCAUUGACAUUGCCAAUGAUUUAGUCGAGGUAUAGGCUCUAUAUCUUCUUCUACCAUUUAUGAUAGGCCUACUCAUAUGAUUAAUCACUGAUUUAUUUGUAAUAAACGUCUAACUGAAAUCAUGGUAGAUCAGCUACUUAGCUAGAUGCUUGAACGGGAGACCAAUAAUCUUGCGUAGCCUAGCAUUAUCCUGUAGGCAGUGGAUGCUUCGUGCUGAACUCCUAGCCAAACGAUGGAUCCUCGUGCAAUGGUUGUCCGAUUGAUUUGUAAAGGCGCCUCUCAAGUUGCGAACAGAAAAGCUUUCGCGGCUGUUCGAGCGUCCAGUUGUAGUAGAACUAGUUACGUUACAUCACUUCGAAGCUACAAUGUUGCAGCUGGUACUUUAGAUCGGUUAAGUAAACGCUGGUUUACCCGAACAUCCUCAUCGUAUAGUACUCUUCAGCCAGAUAAAGGAAAAAUGGCCAACUCAAAUGACUCGUUGGAGAUCACGGAAGUGGUGUGUUUGGAGUCAGACCUGCAGGAUGGACAGAUGAAAGAAGUCGAAGUGGACAAGCAUAAAAUCCUGUUGGUCAAGAGCAAGGGCCAGUUCAGUGCAGUUGGCAGCCGUUGCUCUCACUAUGGAGCUCCACUUAUUAAAGGGACUCUGUUGGGGGACAAAGUGAGAUGUCCUUUUCAUGCAGCUUGUUUCAAUGUGAAGACUGGAGAUAUUGAAGAAUAUCCUGGCCUUGACUGUCUACCCACUUACAAGGUCAAAAUUGAGGAUGGCAAAGUAUAUGUCACCUUAAACACAAAGGAAACCAAGCGUGUGAAAGAGAUGUCCCACAGAGCAUCUGAGGUCUCCCACACAGUGGUGUUGAUUGGAGGAGGUCCUGCCUCUCUGGUUUGUGCUGAGACCCUCAGGCAGAAUAACUACAGUGGAAGAAUUAUCAUGGUCACCAAAGACAACCUGCCGCCCUUUGACAAGCCCAAACUGAGUAAGGCUAUGAAUGUCGAAAGAGAAAAGAUCCUCCUGCGACCAAAAGAGUUCCUCCAGCAGCAUGACAUUGAGAUGUGGAUGGAGAAAGCUGUGCUUUCUGUCAACACUGAGGCAAAGACAGUGAGUAUGGAUGACAACACAGUGCAGCACUACGACCAGCUGCUGAUAGCCACCGGUUGCAAAGCAAGGCGAAUGGCUUGUCCUGGAGCAGACCUGGAGAAUGUGAGACUAUUGGAGAGCUUCAACGAUGCUCAAGACAUACAUAGCUUGUGUGCUGGCAAGAAGGCUGUCGUAGUGGGGACCUCAUUCAUAGGCAUGGAGGUGGCAUCCUACUUGUCAGAUAAAGCUGCCAGCGUGUCGAUUAUUGGAAGGUCUGAAUAUCCGUACCAGUUGUCGCUGGGACCAGAGAUUGGCAGAAUGACCAUGCAGAUGUUGGAGGAGAAGAAUGUGAAGUUCUACAUGAAUGACAAUGUUGCUGAAAUUUUGGGAGAGAAUGGAAAGGUCAAAGAAGUUCUGUUGCAAAGUGGAGGACGCCUAGAGGCAGAUGCUGUGGUCUUUGGAAUAGGUGUCUUGCCCAAUUCAGAUUUUCUAAAAGGAAGCAAGAUCAAAAUGGACCAAAGAAAUAACAUCAUUGUUGAUAAGUGCAUGCGGACCAAUGUCCCAGACGUGUUCUCUGCGGGAGACGUGACGUCGUUCCCGCUAGGCAUUCGUGGAGACGAGCGGGUCAACAUCGCCCACUGGCAGCUGGCACAUGCUCAUGGCAGGAUAGCAGCACUAGCCAUGGUCAACAAACCCACUGAGAUCAACUCGGUGCCUUUUUUCUGGACUGUGCUCUUGGGAAAGAGCAUUCGAUGCUCAGGCCAUGGUCAUGGAUAUACUGACAUUGUGUUCAAAGGCAGCGUGGAAGAAAGGAAAUUUCUAGCAUUCUACAUGAAGGACAAUAUCAUGGUGGCAGCAGCCAGUCUGAACUUUGAUCCCGCAGUCAGUCUCUUGACCGAAAUGAUGGCAACUGGCAAGGUCAUAACCAGAGCUCAGAUUGAAUCUGAUGACCUGAGUUGGUUGCAGCUGCCAUAGCCUCUUCUGUGCCCACUCCUCGCCUGGAAUUGAAGUCGUUUCAGUGUGGACAUCAUCUCUCUUCUUUUAACUCAAGUGUCACAAACAAUAAAUUCUGUAACUUCUGUAUUUCAUACGUUUGGCCAAAUUUUGUAUAACCUUCUUCAGGCUAUUGCAAGUGUAACACACUUGGUUAAUAGGCUUGACAUUCUCAGGUAAUUUUCAGUGUUUCAUAGCAUGUAUUUAAAGUAUUUGCAUGAGAUAUUUAAACACAAAGCCUGCUCAAAUGAAUGAAUUAUGCAUGUACUUACUAUGGUUUACUGUAGCAGAAAUGAAUGGAAACAUAAUUGUAUAAAAUAUAAUAUAAUUGUAUCAAUGCAACAGGAGGUGGCUAAUAGGCCUAAUGGUGCCUUUUGUAUUUAAGAUGCCUAUUUGUGCCUUUACAUAGGCCUACAACAAGUAUAUGGAGUGUAUCUAGACUAACUUGAAAUCAUCUCAGGAAAGAAAACUGGAUUAUAAAGGAGGGGUUUUGUUCAGGUUUUACCAAUGACUGAUUGGCAAGCAUUCAGAUUGCUCCCAAAGGCAUGACAUGCUUGGAGGUUGUAGCUCUGAUGUGGCUUGCAGUUAAAUUCAAUGGUCUAUGCCAAUUUUCUUCAAACAUUCCUUUUUUACCGGUUUAUAAGCUUUCUAUUGCUAUGCUUUCUAGUGGCAGUCACACAAUGACAUUUGCAUUAUCUAAGGAAUGAGUAACUAGACUGUGGCUUAAACCAUGCUUUAAUAACAAUGCAAUUCACAAGUUGCAGCAUAACUAAAUGUGUUAAUUCUGAUUCAUCGUGCAUCCUGACUUUAGAGUUUUUACAGAGACUAAACACCAGCCGUGUACAGUAUGCUGAUUAUAUUGUGGAAUAUGUGGCCAGUGUGCUGUUAACACAAUAAUAGGCUAAUUGCUAUUUCUAACAUUUUGAUCAAGAUAUCACUUUUUUUACCCUUGCUGUUAGACUUCCUACACUUGUUUUAUGUUUUAUGGCUCUUAAUUGUAGCCUACGUUGUUGACGGGCUUAUUCAAUCUUAUUUAAAAUAAAUAAUAUUUAAAUAAGA